AUGUCAUCAAUUCAUCUGUUUGUUUACUGUUUACUUAUUUUUGUUGUUUUAGGUUAUAUUUGGAAUCGUUAUAUUCAGUUUAUAUAUAUUUUUAUAGUUAUGGAUAAAAACAGACGUAGAAUAACCGUAAAAUAUAAAUCUGCAAAUCCUUUGUUUGAACAAUGGCUAAAUGAAUGGAAAAUGGAUGCAGAAGCAAAAGACUCAAAACUAAAAUAUACAUACAAGCUAGCAUUAACUUCUAUAAGACAAUGUCCUAUUCCUUUUAAUUCGGGAAAAGAAUGUAAAAUAUUGAAGGGAUUUGGUACCAAAUUAUGUCAAAUGCUAGACGAUAAACUAAAACGACACAAUUCUGAUUCUACAGAGAAUAGUAAUGAUGUGGACACUGGUGACAAAAUUAUAGACAUAAAAAAAACUCAUUUAAGCCCAUCAUCAGAAAAUAUUUCCAAUGAAAACAAUCUUCAAAUAAAACCAAAAAUUAGUAGAAAAAAAGAAUCCAAAGUGAAAAAGAUUCCUUGUCCUUUGCAAAAACAAACAUCAUCAUCAUCAAUGGAAGAAACAUCUGAAAAUUCACAAGAAAUUAAAGUGAGUGCUACCAAAGGAAAAUCUAGAAAAAUAACAAAACAUGUUUCAAAUACAUCUGAAGAAUCUUCUCAAAAUUGUCAGGACUUUUUUGUGAUGGAACCCGGAAAUUUUGAUAUUAUUUUGUAUAUUGAUACACAGGAAACAGGAAAUCAUUCACAGAGGAAGACUGAUCCUUUUUUGAAACAGUUAGACAAACAGUCAGGUGAAUGCCAAUAUGAAAUAAAAAAGUUAAAUGUUGGUGAUUACGUGUGGAUCUGCCGUGACAAAAUGUCGAAAAAGGAAUUGGUCCUACCAUACAUUUUCGAAAGGAAAAGACUGGAUGACUUCUCACGUAGUAUUACUGACGGUCGAUACAAAGAACAAAAAUUUCGAUUGAAGAAGUGCGGCAUAGAAAACAUUUAUUAUCUGUUGGAAAACUAUAGUCACUACAGUUUACCCCUAACAACGUUACAGCAGGCCGCCUUCAAUACUGCGAUACAUGAUGGCUUUAAAAUCAAAAUGACUACAGGUUUAACUCACACGGCAAAACUUUUGCUCAACUUUUCGUCAUUGCUGAAAAGAAUUUUCGAGAAGAAAACUUUAUUCAGAUGUGAAAAAGAGUCGAUUACUCCAAUAGAUUUGAAUGAUGAUGUUGCUUCUUUGAUGAGUUUCACAGAUUUUAAUAAAAGUUCUAUCAAAAAUAGGCCAAUGAUGGUAACUGACCUUUUUAUAAAAAUGUUAAUUCAGAUACGUGGAAUGUCGGUGGCUAAAGCCGUUUCCAUUACUGAGCUGUACCCAACACCUAUGUUAUUAAGAAAAGCCUACGAAGAUUGUGUUGAUGAAGUUUCAAGGGAAAAGUUAUUAGAAUGUAUUAUGUGUGGUAAUAGAAAACUUGGCUCGACUUUAAGCAACACUGUACACCAAUUAUUUAAUUUUACAAAUUAUUAG